UGCGGUUUCUAUUUUCUGGGGGCGGCCAACUUAUUGCUUCCUUCCUUGUUCCAGAAGGCCUUUUCAUUGGGAUUUGGGUGUUCGCGGUCUGUUCGAGAGAGAGAAAAGAUCCAAGAAAGAGAUUAGCAGCAAGGAUCUGUAGUGUCAAAUAUGGGAAGCGAGGCGGAGCCGGCGAAGCUCCUCCUGCCCUACCUACAGAGGGCCGACGAGCUUCAGAAGCACGAGCCCCUCGUCGCCUACUACUGUCGAUUGUACGCUAUGGAGCGAGGGCUUAAGAUUCCGCAGAAGGAUCGCACCAAGACCACCAACGCCCUCCUCCUUUCCCUCAUGAACCAACUCGAAAAGGAUAAGAAAUCAGUAAAACUAGGGCCUGAUGACUACCUUUAUGUGGAAGGUUUUGCAUCUAAUCUUUUUGCAAAGGCAGAUAAACAAGAUCGUGCUGGGCGUGCAGAUUUGAAUACUGCAAAAACCUUUUAUGCUGCCAGCAUCUUCUUCGAGAUUCUGUGUCAAUUUGGUGAGCUGCAGCCUGAUAUUGAGCAAAAACAGAAAUAUGCGGUUUGGAAAGCUGCAGAUAUAAGGAAAGCCUUGAAAGAAGGCCGGCAGCCGGAUCCAGGUCCUCCUGUUGGUGAUGCAGAUCUAUCAAUUUCCUCAAGUCCUUCAAGCAACACUUAUGAUCUUCAACCAAGUAAUAGUUUCUCCUCUAGCCAGCAAGGUGGUGGUGCAUCACCUCAGCAUGUAGAUAAGAACCUGGGAAGAAAUGAGAAUUUUGCAGCUAGCUAUCAAACUGUUGACUUAUCAUCCCAGCAAACUGAUGGGGUUAACUUGCAGGGUUUUGGUCAAUCACCUAUGGCACCAUCAUCAUCUUAUACCGGUCCUGAUUAUCCUAGUGAUAUUCACCAUCAUCAACCAACGAGCACACCUGAAUAUUCUGCUUACUCCCAGCAAUAUGAGCAUCAUUCCUUUACAAAUGAGCAUGGACCUAUGCCUCCAAAUAGUCACUCUCCAGAAAACCCUAGCCCUUCUUUUUCUUAUCCUAAUUUUCAGUCUUACCCAAGCUUCCAUGAUAGCACCUUUCCUUCUGCCCCUACGCAUCAGCCUUCUUACUACCAUGCCCAUGAUUCUGCUUACUCUCACCAACCUGCUCCUGUUUCACAUUACACACCAUCAGUGCAGUACGCUUCUGGCAGUGUCAACCAGAAUCAUGCGGUACAAGCUCCUCCAUCUGCUGAGAGGUACAAGUAUGACAGCAAUUAUCAGCCAUCUGCGGAGAAAAUUGCCGAGGCUCACAAGGCAGCAAGGUUUGCCGUCGGUGCUCUUGCGUUUGAUGAUGUCUCUGUUGCGGUGGAUUUUCUUCAGCGCUCGCUCGAACUUUUGACCAAUCCUUCAGCUCAAACUCAUUAGUUUGGAUUGUGUUGGUGUCAUUUAUGCCCCCCGAAAACCAGUGCUGCUUAUAUUGAUGCUAUUGUUUGUAUCGCAGUGUGUGAUCCAUGGCUAAUUUUCACUAUCAACUCGACUGGUGGAUCUUAAAUUUUUUAUCAUGUGCUUAUAUGCAGUAAAAAAAAAUAUAAUAUGCUCAAAGCUUGUUCUCUA